AUGUCGCAACCAGGUGCGUUCGCCGUCGCCGCCACCGCGGCCGCCGCGUCUAUUCCAACCACAGUGUCGCCUGAUGCAAAGAGCUGCAGCCCGUCAUCUACAUCGCAGCCGGCAGCGCUUCUUACUGCCGAUCCCACCGUAUCUACGACUCCUCCCGUGCUGGCCAAUGUAAACUCUAUGUCCGCCAAUGAUACUCCCAAUUUUCCUUCGCCCACCGCGUCCCGGGCGGACGACUCGUCGGCGGAGAUGGAUUUCACGGCGUCCCCAGAAAACAACCAUAAUACGCCAACCCCGGAAAGCGCCCGGACCACCGUCGGUACCAGCCGUAAACCUUCCUCCACCGCCCGACCCCGCACCGAGCUCAUCUCUGUUGGUAGCCAACUUCCCCCCGAUACCCUCACUCCCAAGCUGCGUCUAUACGACUUGCUCGCCGCCAUCAUCUCCGCCGCACAUCUCUCCUCCAAAACCAGUGCAGAGAUCACCCUUCAGGCCAAGCCAGCUCAGAGUCAUGUAUUUCUGAAAACGCCUUCCCCUCACACCGCCCACCUCCUUCUCUCUCUCACGCAUCUCCAGCUCAACGGUACUAAGCCUGCCCUUGCUCCCACUUUAGCCAAAGCUCUCACUCAGGGGACUCCCUCCGAGGUCUUUGACAACCUCACCUCUCUGUAUCUCCCGCCCCCUCUUACAACUUCCUACCCAGCCUACUCGGGUGAUCCUAACCCAGACCUGGACCGCCCUUUCACUCUCCGGGAGCUCGAGGCUGCCCUGGCUUCUAAUGCUUCUCGCUCCGCUCCCGGUGAGGACGCCAUAACAUACACCACACUUCGCAACCUUCCUGACCACGCCAAGGAAUUCCUUCUCCAGACUUUCAAUAAGGCCUGA